AUGAUGGAGAACAAACAGACCGCCGCCGACGCAAAAGCAGAAGUCUCGAUGUCAGCUCGUGACUUGAAGCCUCUCCCACCAGUCCCAAACUCCAAUCCAAGUAUUCGUCCCAGUUCACUCUUUUCAAUCUUGCCUCCAGCUAUCGGAGUCCUCGGAAUGACACCCGAGCUCAAGCGACAACAAACAUUCCCGUACUCGAUGUCCGCUACAGACGGCACCAAAGUGUACCUCAGCACAGUCGCUCUGGCAUCACUGUUCUUCCACAUUCAAUCCCAGAUCUUAGAAUCUGGAAUCCCAUACUCACUGCGCGACUCACUGACUGCAUUCUUCGUCUGGUGGGUAUACUUCCUGCAAUUCCGGAUCGGGAUUUACUCUUGCGUCUACCCAUUCGUAUAUGCGUGUCUUUUGCGAGCCAGAGAUGGGGAAUGGCCAAGUAGGAUUCAGGUUUUGGGGAGUUCUAGAGCGAAGGAGAUGGAAUUGGAGAGAGGUGGUGAGAUGAGGAGGGGUGGUGUGUUUCCGUUGUUGGGCCUUUGGGUGAGUUAUACGUGGGCAGGGUGUGUGGUGAUGGAGGCUUGGGGAGCUUGGAAGGAAGGGCUAGGUCAGGAGGAGUUUGUUAGAGAGAAGAGGAUGAGGGAGUUGGAGGAGGCGAGGGCGAAGGUUGUUGAGGAGGAAAAGAAAAUUGGUGACAGAGAUGACGAGAAGGACACAGGUGAUGAUAAUGAGACCAAGGAUGAGAGAGCUUAA